CUUGCGUUCUGUUUUCAGAUCCCCGAUUUCUUUUCUUGGCCGUGUUUAUUUCCUGGCGUGAGCGGAGCGCCAGGACAUUUUUCGAAAGAAAAACACAAGCGCUUUCCUGCCAUUACUAAAAAUACAAGCCGUUUCCCCUGGCGUUCCUGGCUGCUUCCUGUCCCUGCGGGGGCCCGAAACAGGAAGCCAGCGUUCUGGAGCAGGCUCGCUCAUCCCGUGCGACGUUAUAAAGGGUCCCUCCCUGGCCGGGGAGAGGGGAGAAGGCAGAGGGACGGACGGUCGAGGCAGGCACUCGAUCCCACAGUCCGCAGGAAUAAUAUUCCUAAGCGCUGGUUCGCUCCAUCCUGGGAAAAAAAAAAAAAAGAUUUUCACACAAGCGUUGUUUUUACAGUUGUCACCCCUGCAGGUCAGGGUACGGACUGCGAGCUGGCCUCGUUUCAUGGAUGUAUUGGUACUCCCAUCCACUCCAGCGCUGUCAUCACAGGAAGGAACCACAACUCUAGAUUCGUCAUGGGCUCGUCUCGCCCCGCAGUGGCGGAGGGAUACGGGAAGGAGUUCUUUGUCAGCACGGGCGUUGUGCCGGCAGAGGGAUACGUGAAGGAGUUCACCCGGCACUCGAGCGCCGUGCUUCGGAACCUGAACGAAUUGCGACUCCGCGAGAUCCUGACUGACGCCACGCUGCUGGUGCGGGGAGCGAGACUGCGCGCCCACCGGGCCGUGCUCAUCGCCUGCAGUGGCUUCUUCUACUCCCUGUUCUCUCGCUGUGGCCCCGGGGCCCUGGGCGUCCUCUACCUGCCGGAGUCCCUGGACCCCGAGGGGGUGUCCCUGCUGCUGGACUUCAUGUACUCGUCCCGCCUGCCGCUGUCCCCGCGCAGCGUGGGCGGGGUGCUCGCUGCCGCCACCUACCUGCAGAUGGAGCACGUCGCAGACGCCUGCCGCUCCUUCAUCCGGGGCAGUGGGGAGCGAGAAACCUUUCACCCGAGACCAGGCGUAGAUUUACCCUCCGCUGGGGUCUCUCUACCGCCCCCUGCAGUCCUGCUGAGCGGAGGUGUGCACCCCCUGACCCCCGCUCUCACCCCGCAGCCUGGCAGCGGCGGAGCUGUACCUGUCAACGCACUCCGUGCUCCGGUAGCGCGCAAGCCAUCCUCCACGCCACACGGGGGCGCUGUCCAGGACUCCCACAGAUUGCAGGGAGAAAUGCCCGGAUUCUGUGGCCUGAGGCUAGAUUUGGAGUCUGACCCACCGGGAGCCGCUCUGGCUGGGGUGAAGAUGGAGGUGGAUGAGAAGGGCCAGGGGAAGCUUUUGGUGCUGAGGCAGGGCGCUGUAUCCCCCCUCCCCACCCCAGACAGCCCCUCCCGCUCCAGCUGUCACCCCAACUCCCCCUCAGAGGCCAGCGGCUGCGGGAACCAGCCCCCACACGACCCCACAAGCACUACUGUCACUGAACCCAGUCUGAAUCGAGACCCUAAGGCUUGCAACUGGAAGAAGUACAAAUACAUUGUCCUGAACCCGCUGUGCAGAAGAGCUUCCAUCAAAGGAGAGGAAGGGGAGGGGCUGGAGGAGGGGCCAGAACCCUGCAACCACACCCCCACUGACAUGGACAGGCGGGACUCCCCUGCCAGCCCCGCCCAGGAGGCAGAGCAUGAGGCAGAGAGGAGCCAAUUGAACAGGUGCUUUUGCUGUCAGGUCUGUCAGCAGAGUUUUCAGCAGGUCUCUGAACUCUGUCAUCACAUCCUGGUCACGCACCCCGGCGAAGACCUCCCACAAUUCCCCUCUCCCGUUCCAGACUGCGCCACAGUGGGAGGAGCCUAUACCUGCUCGCUGUGUCAGCGCCACCUCACCAAGGAGGAAGCCCAGCAGCGCCACUUCCUGUGUCGCCGUGGCGACGGAGACUGCGACGACAAUCCCAGCCAAACAAGCGUCAAGUGUGACAGCUGCUGCUCGGAGUUCCGUUACCGCGGCAACCUGACCAGCAACAAGACCGCCCACCGAGGUGAGAAGCCCUAUCGCUGCAGCGUGUGUGGGGCGCAGUUCAACCGUCCCGCCAACCUCAAGACUCACUCCCGAAUCCACUCUGGAGAAAAGCCCUACCCCUGCGAGACCUGCGGGGCUCGCUUCGUACAGGUGGCUCACCUGCGUGCUCACGUUCUCAUCCACACCGGAGAGAAGCCGUACCCGUGUGAGACGUGCGGCACCCGAUUCCGACACCUGCAGACGCUCAAGAGCCACGUGCGCAUCCACACGGGGGAGAAGCCGUACCACUGCGAGAAGUGCGACCUUCACUUCAGACACAAGAGUCAGCUAAGACUGCACUUGAGACAGAAGCACGGAGCGGUCACCAACACCAAGAUCCGGUACAAGGUUCUGUCGGACCCCUAUAGAGCGCCCGUCAGCUCCUGCUAGACCCCCUUCCCCGUCAGGCGGGCUCCGCGGCAUGGAGAUAAUGUGCUUCUGCUAGAGCUGACCCAAACACUGGUCCCACGUUAGCUGAAAAGCUGUAGGGCAGCACAGCUGUACGGUUUCGAUCUUUUAUUUCACGUCAUGCAAUCAAAAGAGAAGGCAAAAAAAAAAAAAAAGUCUAUACCGGAAUCCAUAACAGUAGAGUUAGAUUUUCGAAAUGUUGCCUUUCUUAAUUGCUAAACUAAGUAUAUGGGAAACUGCCAAGCUGUGUGUAAUUCUGUAUGUUGAACAUUAUUCAGCAGGUUUCAUUGGACUUUAUGAAGCAGAAUGUGUUCAUUCUAUAGGGGGUUUCUAUAUGUUACACUAGUCUAUAUUGCUAUAUUACACUAGUCGAAAUGGCUAUGUUUGCAGGCUGUUCUCAUGCAUUCCUGAUCGAGUCUUCAGAGAAGUUGAAAUAAGGUGAUUUUUUUUUGUUUGUUUGUUUUUUGUUAAGGUAUGUAAGAUUCAAUUGUGCUAUCAAGCCCUUUCAGUAUCACUUCAGAUGAACUUAAACAGGGACUCUAUUCAAGGGGCAUUGCAUUGACUGCAAUGGAGCUGUGUUGUAGUAGACAGUAUUACACUGAACACAGUUUGUAUGUAAUGUUUCAAUGUUGAUACCGUGUCUUAUCAGUCUUGAAGCAGAAUGAGAGAGAGCUGUGAGUAACUCAUUGCCUCCUCUUUAAAUAUUAUAAGAUGCUGUUGAUGCUUUGAGAGCAGUUAACUACAGUAUCUAUGUAUCAGAAUAUUGAAAUAAAAAUGUAAUUAAAUAAUUUUGCUGGCCAAAGAUGUCUGCUGAGAAAAACCAAUCUUGUUUAUGUAAAAUGAUUAUGUUUUCCAUUGUGGCUGGAUUAUCCUGGGCUAGUUAGUCAAAGAUAUUUGCUCCUGAUUGUCGCUAGCGAUAUUCGACCUGUUCUACACUCCCAUUGGCUACAUGGGUCCCCAAGUGUGCAGUUUUGAAAGAAGCACCUGUUAUAUCAAAAAGGGAUUUUAAAAAUUCCUUCUUUUGCCCAGUCUCCCUAAAUUCCAGACUGGUGUCUGCUGGUUCCCAGUUCCUGUGUGUUACUGGGGCUUAGACAGAACCGAUGGUGCGGUGCGCUGUGCAGGAGCUGUCUUGUUUUGUAAAAAAAAACAAAAAAAAAAACAUGGAAAUGACGUUUCAUACAACCUGCCCGUCACGAAGGAGGAAACGCAGGAAAACGUUGCAUUAAGAAAAAAGCAGAGAGUCAGUAAAGGAGAUGUUUUCAUUUACACGACUGUCUGCUUGGCAUGGAGAGGAAUAAAAUGUACUUUUGGAGCAAUUUUCAAACAAGAGACUGAGGGUGGAGAUUUAUUAUUUUUUCUACACUCAGGGGGCCCUCGCUCACUAAAUAUCUUGAACAGAUCUCCUCUUUUAAAUAUAUGAGAUAAUAUAGAACAAUUUACUCCCGGUGUAGAAUGGCUGUGUGUAAUACGAUGUCGUUUCCAUGGCAGCGACGUUCCCUUUAUUUCGAUUGUAUUGCAAUGUCCGGGUUAUUUGCAAAGCUGGCUUUGUUUUCUGUUACUGCCCUGUCUGUCCGCUUCUUCAAUAAAGCUCUGGUAUCCUCUCA